AGUAAAGGAGGAAGGAACAGCAAGUGUCUACUUGUAAAUUAUCUCUAUAAUUUAGGUACAGUGUACUUAUAAAAUGGUUCCUCUGAAAUCAAAAUGUUCUUCAGCAGCAGGGCUCUAUCAAAACAAGCUGGAAAUGUUUUGUAUGUAUAAACACUGGGUAAUCUGAUUAAAAUCAUUAAGGUGGGGCUUUUAAAUACAAUUAAAAAACCUUAAUAAGGCAGGAAAACAUUACAUUAUGGCUAUUGGAAAUAAAAUAUUCAUACUUUACUUUCUGUUUUCUUUGCAGAUAUGGCAAAUCAACUCCUGAUAAACACAAUCUCCGGAAACUAUAAAAUACUGAAAGUUCUGGGACAGGGUCGCUACGGCCAGGUCGUCAAAUGUUUUAAGCGGGACACUAAAGAGACUGUGGCUGUGAAGGUCUUAAAACGAAGGUAUUCACAGUACAGAGACAAAAGGGAGGUGUCCAUGCUGGAAAAGCUCAGAUGUUUGGACCCUGAUAAGUCCAACAUCGUCAGAUGCCAUGAAUGGUUCCACAGGAUCGACCGCACCUUCAUGGUGUUUGAAAUGCUGGAUAUAAGCCUUCAUGAAUACAUGUACCAGAGAAAACCGUACCCUUUGCCUUUAAAUGGCAUAAGAACCAUCAUCAAAGAUGUAAGGAUACCAGAUAGAAAGUAGAGUUUGAAGCUCCUAUCAGUUUUCCACUCUGGCACAUCCUUCACAUUCUGACUUCACUUGCAGGUGGCCACAGCGUUAAAUGCAAUGAAGGGUGUUGGACUGAAUUAGGCACAUAAAAAAUUUGACUUUAUGAUGGCGCUAGAUGAAAAGUGAAGGGAUUACCAAAGAGAUAACAAUUCCUCUUGAGGGCAACAUGAAUAUGGCAAUCCAUAUCAGUUGUUGAGACAUUUCACUCAAAGCCACACGUCAACAUCAUGAUGGGGCUAGAGGAAAAGUCAGAAGAUCACCAAAGUCAGUAGUUGCUAAACACGGAUGUCUGCACCAAAUCUCAUGGCAAUCAAAUAGUUGUUGAAAUAUUUCAGUCUGGACCAAAGUGGUGGACCGACCAACCGACCUACAUACAGCCCACCCAACAUUGCCAUCCAUUUAACCAUGCAUGCAGCUAGCAUGGCUAAAAUGUAUAGAGUAGUCAAUAAUGAGGUUUUGCUGCGUUUUGUCUCCAGCUGCUUUUCAUCAUAGACCUCCUGGGUGAACCCCCUAAGAGACUUCUGAAUGCUGGAAUAAAUACACAGCUGUUCUAUUAUGGAAGUUGCAACUACCUUUAGUUCAUGCACUGGACACUAACCAAACAUGAAUUAUUCUCCACUAGAUCAUUUGCUGUAGUAUAAAAGCGUUAACUCUGAUGAAGAUCUACCUCAAAUAGAUUUUGUCCUCUUUAGACGCCAAAGGAGUUUCACAGUGAAACAGGCAUCAACCCGAUAGAAACCAGAAGAUACCGCUUUUCCUCUCUGGAUUAUUUGAAAACAGUAGGUUGUCAAGUAGAUGCUGCCUGCAGAGGAGCACACAGAAUAGUCAAUUUUCAAGAGCCAGGAAGUUAUGUCAAUUUAAAUAAUUUCUUUCCCCCCCAAAAAAUGUAGUUGAGCCCACACAAAGUGAACAGCGCAGAGGCUGCUGAAAGGAGUGCUUGUGUUGAGCUGUUAAAGGAAAUGCUUCAGAUAGAUCCCAGGAAAAGGAUUACCUCAAAAUAAAUCCUGGAACAUCCAUUCAUAACAAGGAGCUACCUCAGCACAAGCUUUCGGUAAGUGUGGCUGUAUAUUAGGCCUUCUUCUUAGUACACAAGUUAUUAGACAACCGGUUAUAGUAUAAAUUGCAUGCAAUUUAAACAUCAUAAAAGUUUAUUGUGGCUGGGUUAGCUCAGUUGGUAGAGCAGGCACACAUAUAUAUAGAGGUUUACUACUCAACGCAGAGGCCACAGGUUCAAGUCCAACCUGCAGCCCUUUCAUUCCCCCUCUCUCUCCCCUUUCAUGUCU